CAAACAAACACACUGCAGUGGCAGUCUCUCCCGGAUCAGACCACUUGGGCUCAAGAAUCGACCCGGCAUCUUCAGCCUCUUGGAGAGCAUGCUGGGGCAGCGGUCUCUGCCCGACCCGGCCCUCAGCACCAUAGCCUACGGGGUGGACACAGGCUGUAGCGUGGACGUCAUAUCCCCCGGUGGCGUCCCUCUGACCCUUGCCACCAUCCUUCCUUCACCCCUGGCCGCCGGUACAGAUGCCAGCGGCGGAGCCGCGUCGGACAGCGAGAAUGCGGGCGCCACGUUGCUCUUCUCUGGGAUCUUCAUGACCCUGGUGGGCAUGACCUUCACGGCAAUGGGCUGGCUCAACCUGGACCGCAACCACAGCCAAGGCUGGAUCCAAUUAAUGGGGCCCAUUCUCCUGUCUGUGGGAGGAAGCUUCGUCUUCAUCAGCAUCUGCAAGUUCAGGCUCGUGACCUGCGGGGGAUGCUCGGAGCGCCCGGACGAAGACACGGAUCCCGCCGAGGAGCGGAUCGCCCCGGGCCAAUCGUUCCUGUUCAACAGCAUCAAUCAGCCAAUCGUGUUCCAGGGAGCCACGGUGAUGCAGUACAUCCCGCCACCGUAUGCGUCCGUCACCCCAGACGUGAGCCCGGCCAAUGCGGUUGCCCUAAACCUUCCCCCGCAGUACUACACGGUGUGUCCAGCGGAGAACCAGGGGUUCAACGCCGAUGAUGACAUCACAAUGAGCGCCACAACUAGCAGCAGGUCGCGCGAAGAGAGGCUGGACAACGGAAAAGACUCCGAUGAAGACUGCACCUCUACCCGUCUUCCACCACCGUCUUAUGAAGAUAUCUAUCCAUCAGUGCCGACUGACCACCUGUAUCUUCGCUCAACAUGACGGCUUGAACUACAUAUCUUGUAUUUUGACACAGAAAAAGGCGCAUUGUGUAACACAACAAUGAUGAAUACAGGAUGGUCGGCAUGCUUGCGCGCGCAUCUGGAUUUAAGUAUUGACUGUGCACGUUAUUGUUUGUCAGGCCUAUCCGAAAUAAUCCACACAAUAUAUACAUAGGCCAUAUUAUUUGUUACUUCAUAUGAAUACACGUGUAUUUAUCCAGGGCAUUGUAUUUCUUAAAUGAAACACAAUAAUUAUCCAACUGAGCACUAUAAAUUGGUCCAACAGCUCCAAGAACUGUUAUUAUUCAAUAGACUUCAAUAAAAAUGUCCUUGAGACGCAAUGAAAUGCA